AUGGAGAGAUAACUGCACCAACGAGCCGAAAAUGUUUGUUUUUUUAUUGUUAUCAGUCUUUUAAGUGCUGUCGCACGCGACAGUUGAUAUCAGUGUUUUGGAUAGGUGCUAUUUUACCUUGAAGAAUAUCUAAGAAAUGAAGUUUACCGUAAUCACAGUAAGUGACACAUGCUCGAACGGAACAGCAACGGACACAAGUGGACCCCAUCUUAUAGAUCUGAUCAAGGAUAAACUAAGCGAAGCAGAUGUUAACUAUUUGGUGAUUCCGGAUGAAACCGAAACCAUAAAGCAAUCGCUUAUUUAUUCCGCUGACGUACUGAAAGUUGGUGCGAUUUUCACCACUGGUGGAACUGGCUUCGCUCCCCGAGAUGUAACCCCAGAGGCUACCAGAGCGGUAUUGACAAAAGAAGCGCCGCAAUUGUCGCUGGCCAUGACAUUGAAGAGUCUCGAGAAAACCAAAUUCGCGGUACUCUCUCGGGCAGUGUCUGGUGUUCGCAAUCGUACGCUGAUUGUGAAUUUCCCUGGAAGUAAAAAAGCAGUCGAGGAGUGCUUUUUAUCAAUAGUCGAUGUAGUUCCUCAUAUGCUACAACUCUUGGCCGAUGAUGUACCCAAGGUGAAAGAGACUCACAAAAAGGUCCAGUCCGAAAAUUCAGAGGCACACGUUCACGUUUGUCCACAUGCAACUGGUAAAGGAGGCGAAGACAGGAAUUCGCCCUACCCAAUGAUCGCAGUCGAUGAAGCUUUGCGAACUAUUCUGUCUACAAUUCCUUCCCAAUCGAUCGCCAAAAGACAAAUUAGUCGAGUGAACAUUCCUCCAUUUCGAGCGUCGGCUAAGGAUGGUUAUGCCUUGAAAUCAAUUGGAGGAAAGGGAGUUAAACGGGUUGUUGAAUAUGUAGCAGCUGGAGACGGCAUAAUUCGAGAUAACAUUAACAUUGAUGAAUGCUUUAAAAUCAACACCGGGGCUCCUGUACCAGACCAAGCAGACGCGGUAAUUCAAAUUGAAGAUACACGACUAGUAUCAUCGGACAACGACGUUGAGCGAAUCAUCGUAGUUCUUUCGGAACCAAAUCCCAAUCUCGACAUUCGCCCCAUCGGCAGUGAUCUGCGGAUGGCAGAGGAUGUUUUCGAGUACAGCUUUCCGUUAGAUGCAGCCCAAAAAUCAUUGCUGGCGUCUAUCGGAGAGCGUUCGACGGUGGAAAAGCUUAAAGUAGCCGUAAUUUCAACCGGCGAUGAACUUGUUCAUCCUUACGAAGAAGUAGGUCAAGGAAUCUCACUGGAAGGAAAAAUAUACGACUCCAACACUACGAUGCUGGUGCAGCUAUUGAAACAGUUUGGAUUCAAUGACGAGCAGUGUACAAUAGAACAAUAUGUCGUCAAAGACGACUAUGACUCACUACGUUUGGUAAUAGAAACAAUGACAGGAUCAAUGCAUGCUAUUUUAUGCACUGGUGGAUUAUCAAUGGGCGACAAGGAUUUCGUCAAACCGGUGUUGAAGGACUUGGAAUACGAUUUGAAACUGGGACGAGUUGACAUGAAGCCAGGCAAACCCUUCACCUUUGCGAGCAAAGAUAGUACGAAGUUCUUCGGAUUGCCUGGAAAUCCCGUAUCAGCCUUUGUCACGUUCCAUAUCUUCGCACUUCCAGCAUUGAGACAGUAUCUUAGCUCCAUCAAUUACACACCAUGCGGCAUGGCAAAGGCCCAACUGCCCCGAAUAAUGGUUGAGCUCCUUACCGAAAACUAUGAACUGGACCAACGGCCAGAGUAUGCUCGGGCUAGUAUUUCUUCUCGAAAUGGUAAACUUUAUGCAGCAAUCACCGGUAGACAAAUCAGCAGCCGAUUGAAAAGCAUAGUCGAUGCCGAUGCCUUACUUCAUCUUCCACCACGCUCUCCCACGAAGGCAACAGUGAAGAGAGGAGAACUACUUACAGCUUCAAUUCUAAAAGCUAAUUUCAUUUCUUCCUAUGAAUAAGCUCAGUCUGCAAUUGAAUUACAGAAUGAUUCAAUAAAAUUCGCAUUGCAGAGGUAACUUUUUUUUUCUAUUUGCCAAAAUGUGCCUUAGGCUGCCCAGAAAAAUAAUGCAUUUUUGAAAACUCAAUCGGCCCACCCCGGAGUCGAUUCCUAGUCCCACCAGGAGUAUUUGCUCCAAAUUUGAAGCAAACCGGACAAGUCUAGCCACAGUAAUUGUAGAAUGAUUCAAUAAAAUUCGCGUUGCGGAGGUAACUUUUUUUCUAUCUGCCAAAAUGUACCUUACAGCUUUGUCGAAGACUGCUAGUUAAUCCGGCUUUGUUGAAAGAAGUU